AUGAAGACGUUCAGUACCUUUGCAGCGUUGGCUGCCGCGACUUCGGUCCUUGCAGCCCCCUCCCCCACCGGAGGUCUCACUCCUCGAGCAUCCUCCUCCAUCGUUCCCAUCACAACCAAGGGCAAUGCCUUCUUCCAAGGUGACAAGCGUUUCUACAUCCGUGGUGUCGACUAUCAACCUGGCGGCAGCUCCAAGCUCGUUGACCCGAUCGCUGAUGCUGGAACUUGCGCCCGUGACAUCGCCGAGUUCAAAAAGCUGGGCAUCAACACCGUUCGUGUGUACACCGUCGAUAACACCGCUGACCACGAUGCGUGCAUGUCCGCCCUUGCGGAUGCUGGCAUCUACCUCGUCCUCGACGUCAACACUCCUCUCUAUUCUCUGAACAGAGCAACUCCCCACAACUCUUACAACGAGGUCUACCUGCAGAACAUCUUCGCGACUAUCGAUGCCUUCGCCAACUACCCCAACACCCUGGCUUUCUUCUCUGGAAACGAGGUCAUCAACGAUGAUAAGACCACCUCCGCUGCCCCGUACGUGAAGGCUGUCACCCGUGACAUGAGACAGUACAUCGGAUCUCGAAACUACCGCAAGAUCCCUGUGGGAUACUCGGCCGCCGACGUCAACUCCAACAGACUGGAAAUGGCUGAGUACAUGAACUGUGGCCCUGACGAUGAGCGCAGCGACUUCUUUGCGUUCAACGAUUACUCGUGGUGCGAUCCUAGCAGCUUCCAAAUCAGUGGCUGGGAUCAAAAGGUCAAGAACUUCACCAACUAUGGUAUCCCUCUCUUCCUGUCUGAAUACGGUUGCAACACCAACACUCGCAAGUUCGAAGAGGUCGCCGCCCUCUACAACACCGAGAUGACCUCUGUCUACUCUGGCGGUCUCGUCUAUGAGUACUCCGAGGAGGGAUCCAAAUACGGACUGGUCAAGAUCGACUCUCCCACCUCCGUCACCGAACUCCCCGACUUCCUCGCCCUGAAGUCUGCUCUGGCCGCCCAAGCUGACCCCGCUGGCACUGGCGGAUACAACGCCACGGGAGGCGCGAGCGGCUGCCCCGCCCAAAGCCCCAACUGGGACGUGUCUGGUGAUGCCCUGCCCGCGAUCCCCGCCGGCGCGGCGAAGCUGAUGAAGUCUGGCGCCGGCAAGGGCGCGGGUCUUUCAGGCAAGGGUUCUCAGAACGCCGGCGGCACCUCGACCGGUACUGCAAGUGCAGGCAGCGGCUCGGUGACUGCGGUCGCGACUGGAUCAGCCUCUUCGAGCACGAGCACCAGCUCUGGUUCUGCAAAGAGCGCCGGCACCCAGCUGCAGCCGAUGGACAGAGCACCUCUGUUCCUCGGCCUGUUCGUCGCAGGAAUGUCGUUCGUAGGCGCCACUCUGCUGUAA